AUAACACAAUCAUUUUAUUAAUAAGAUCAGAGUUGAAGCAGAAAUACAACAUGCCAGCCACGAAGGGCAAACUUAGGAAAAACAACAUGAUUGGAGUAGUUUAAGAAAACAUCAUGAGCAUAAUAAUCACUUCAAAGAGGCAUGUCCACAAACCACACUAAGUUGCGAGUGGUGAGCUUUGCGUCAUCUGACCGUAGCAUGUCAUCUCACCCCAUCGUCGCCGCCGUGAGCAAGCCGCCGAUCGACCUCCGCCUCCUCGCCGCACCACUGCUGCCUUUCCUCGCCGCUGUCCCGUCGCUCACCGCCAGGUCCAGCGCCGCCGACCACGGUUCCCAGUCUUCGAGCCGCGGUCGUCGCCGUCCAACUGGAGCAGCCAGCCGCCGGCGUCGCCGCUCAUCGCGGCCGUCGAUUGCAGCGCCGCCGAUGUUUCCUUCGCCAGUAGCCGCCGCCAUCAUCGCCGACGGGUGUAGCGCCGCCACGCCAAACGGAGGACGUCGCCAAACGCCGGACGCCGCUGUUUCGCCCUCGCCGGAAUCGAGAGCCGUCGUCGCCCGAGCUUCCAGCUGGUCGCCGAGCCUCGAGCCGCCGUCGCCGAGCUUCCAGCCGCCGUCGCCCUUUGCACAGCGGCCACCCGCCGCCGUCGAUUGCAGCGCCGCCAGUCGCUGCUCAUCGCCGUCGAGCUGCCGCUCCGCUACUGUCACCGGCGUCCGUCACCGUCGCCGCAUCCGGCCGCUGCCCCGAGUUGAUAUCGCCGGCAGAUUAACCUCCACACCGGAUUGAUUGGUCGAUUUCGUAUUUUGACUCGAUUUGACCCGUUCGGUUGAUUUCGUUGAUUUGUCUUCCGUUCGAGCUAUCGAUUCGAUUUCGGCGUAAUCCAGGUCCGUACUAUGAAGUUAAUAACAUUCAGAAUAGAUUUAAUGGUUUGGA